CCCCGGGCGAGAAGAACAGAGCACCUUCCUGAGGAUCAAGGAACUGCACACACGACGGCUAAAAAUUGACACUUUUUCGGCUAAAAAGUAGAGAACCCAACAGAUUUUGAGGGCGACAGCAGCUUCAGGAUGCAAUUGGAAAUAACAAUGGUGCUGCUCCUGGUCGCGGGGUUGGCCAGAGGACUUCCUACUAUUGUCAAUACAACCCUAUGUGUCGGUGCCCAUGAUGGAACCCAACAUUGUGGUAGCUGCUUACAGCCUAUUGAGUGCAAAACCCAGGAACCAGUCGCACUUCCAAUUUCUUGCUACCCAGGCACAGUGUGUGAGGAGAUCACCCCAACCACAGUAGCAUGCGUUCCAAUUGCAUCGGCCACGGCCUGCCAGUGCACCAGCGACAAAUGCGACGAUUACGACUCACAAUUCAGAGUCAAAUGUGACGCCAGCGGCAUUACUGAUGUAGUUGACUGUAACUCACGUAAUCGAUGUAUUGGGAACGGCACUUGCAGUGCUUGUCCGUCCUCAGGGUCUGUAGAUAGCUUUGUUGACCAGGAAUGCAGCUCCAGGUACAGAUGUACUAACGGAGCAUUCUCAUCAGUCGUGAACUGUGCCCAGGGCGAAUACGUGUCGAAGAAUGGCUCCUGUUCCCAAGCGCCGCCCAUACCUUGUGCAGCAGCUGAUUUAUGCACAGCUGGACUCUGUCCUGACUUGACUAACUGCUCACGGUACUACAUCUGUGAUCCAAAUCAGGUGCCUCCGGCGAUCGAAUAUUUUUCAUGCCCAUCAGACCAGUACUUCAACCCUAAAACGUACUUAUGUGAGUCCACAACCACUAAUUGUGAUCCAUGGACUACAUGUAAAUUCACAUCAGUAGAUGGUGGGACAAAACGUACGAGUACAGCAACAGUUUCGCCCGAUACACCACCUGAAGAUUGCAACGCAAACACCGUUGGAAAUUUCCCGCAUGGACCGUGUGAUUCACAAUACUGGGCGUGUCGCCAGGGCAGCGGCUCCAGCUACGAGGUGGUGGAGAUGCAGUGCCCCAACGGUCUGGUGCACAGCACCAACCCUGACUACCCCUACUGCAUCGACCCCAGCGAAGAGGCCACCUGUCACGCCUACGCUGCUGAACACUGAAUACUACAACUCAACGGUCUGGUGUUCAGCACCGGGUCCAACUACCCAUACCGCUUCGAUCCCAGCACUAUGGCCACUUGCUAGUUCACCACGAAGGUUCACUAGUUUGCUUCGAAACCUUCUUAGAGAACCGAAUACAUCAACUCCAUAAAUCA